GUGAAAUCUGGAAUGGCGUUGAAACACAAAUAUGAAAUAACAUAAUCGCUCAGCUCUUAGUGGGCUGCUAUCUAGAAACAAACCACAGGCCGCAGUCCCGCCCAUGUUCCCCGGUGCUAGUAGAUGUCUCUUUGGAGAGUUUUUAAACUUUCUUCGGUGUGUACUUAAUUAACGAAGACAAGAAAAGUAGUAAGAAGGAAAAGGAUUAUCCAGAACGCCAGAUAUGGCGUGGACUUUAUAUAUUUCAUUCCAUCUUGCCAUUUUGGGAAUUAUAUUCUCCUGCUCUGCUGUCUACGGUGUACCCAUCAUUGAUGGGCCGGAUGAUGUCCUUUGGCAUUUAAGAGGUUUUGAUCAAAGAUGGCCUCCACAAGAUGAAUCACGUGACAUCUUUCAUCCAAUCAUCACAAACAAUACAGAAAAUAUAAGGGGCCACGAAAUAUCCUUUUUGAGAAUUGAAUUCAAUGCAUGGAACCAUCAAUUUACACUGGAUUUAGAACAAAACAGACACCAUGCGGUCCACGGAGCUAAAGAAAUAUUUUUUGCAUCACAACAGAUCAUUGGUACAAGAUCGAUACCAACCGAUUGCCAAUACGAGGGUAUAGUUGAGGAGAUACAAGGGUCAUUCGUAUCACUCGACGUCUGCAAUGGAUUAAGGGGUAUCAUAUUGUCUGGGAGUGACACUCUUUUUAUUGAGCCAAGGCUUCCACAUGAACAGAAGAAUAAUUUUGGCGAUCACGUGAUCUCUGAUAGUGGUCCGAAGAGCGAAUGGAGGAGUUUAUAUUCUACAUCAAAACAACACCAACACAGAAGGGUGAGACGAGAAGUAACCGAUGAAAUGAAGUACAUCACAGCUAAUAUAAUGAUCUCCUCAAGCUUUAAUGACAGAUAUAGUGUCAGCACAAAUCAAGCUAAUCAAAUCGUGAGCCUGGCAAAUCAGUUUCUCGACCCUUUAAAAGUAAACAUCAUCGUUGGGAGUAUAUCCAUCUUUAUGGACGAAGAUCCAAUCGACGCCACUUCAAACCUUCACAAGAUGCUUGCUGACUUGGAAAAUGUAGUAAGAAAUUUGUCCCACGACGAAACCGUCACAGAAUAUAUAACCGCUGUGGAUGAGCCCUUGUCAGAGGCCGACCGAGAAAACUUUGCAUUCGGGGCGGCAACCCUCGGCACCAUGUGCACACCACGCGCCGUUGGAAUAGUCAAGGACGUUGGUGCUUUUUUCCUAGUGCAAUCUGCUGGGACAUUUGCUCGGAAUAUUGCCAGAAACUUUGGACUCUUAAACGAGGAUUACUAUGAAGCAAAAGACGGCAUUAUUUGCAGUUGCAGCAGUGAUGGUGGGUGCAUUAUGUCACCAGAUACCUCUGUAUGGCUGGAAGCGCCACCUGUUGUCUUCGCACAAUGCACCAUUCAAGAAUAUGAGGAUAUUCUUCGAGCAGGUCACAUACGAUGUCUCUACGGCCCGCCAGAUCAAGCUCCAACGAGUCCAAGAUGUGGUAAUAAUUACGUUGAUGAAGGAGAGGAUUGUGACUGCGGUGGUAGGAAUUGCUCAUGUUGUGACGAUACAUGUCAUUUUACAGAAGGUAGUGAAUGCCAAGAUGGAGAUUGUUGCGACCAGUGUAAGUUGAUGAGUGGAAAUAUAUGUCGAGCAGCAAAUGGAGAGUGCGACCUGGCAGACAGAUGCGAUGGUAUAUCGGGAGAGUGUCCGGCUGACGAUUAUCUUCAUGACGGAACAUCUUGUGGUAACGGAAGUGGAUAUUGUUUCCAAGGUCGUUGUCCAACUUUAGAUGACCAGUGCCAGGCUUCAAUGGGAGUCGAUGCAGCAGCAUCUAGUGGAGGCUGUUACCAAGGCAACACGGAAGGGAUGAGGCCAGACGGUCGCUGUGGUAUUGAUGCAAUCUCCUUGACUGACGGCAGUUACAACGUUACCUAUGCACCUUGUGAUUCGGGGAGCGCAUAUUGUGGAGCUCUAAAAUGCACCAAUGCAGAACAACUAGAUGGGAUCGGGUUCCAGACACUUGACUCAAGUUCGAAUGGGUCUUGCUUAUCCUUGUGGGUUUCAGACUAUUUCCGGAUAGACUUCAGCGGUCUCGGAGAUGUGACACCCGGGACAAAGUGUGGGGAAGGCCAGGUGUGCUUUGACUACAACUGCGAAUCAAUCGAGGACGCGUAUUCUUUUGACAAUUGUCCAGUCGGUACAUCGGGUGCUGUAUGUUCAGGAAACGGGCAAUGCACCAGAUCAUUUAACUGUUUGUGUGAUGAAGACUGGACAGGACCAACAUGCGGCACACCUCUCAUCAUCUCUCUCUUCAUCACCGUUGCCGACGCCAACGACAUGGGGCUGGGGGAUGCCAUGGUCCUUGUGGUAUCUGGCGACGAGAACUACCGUUUUUCCACUCCAGCCGACUCGGGGUCUGUCACCGCGACGGUGCCGUUGUCUUCCACGGGACGCAUUGGUGUAAUUGUGACCAAACUGGGAUAUGCCUCAAGCGGUUUUCAGUGGGAGUGGGGAGAUAACACAACUGCUUCUGUUCAGCUGGGAUUGCUGGUAAAUGGCUCGUUUGAAGCUGUUGUGGAUGAGAAUGGAGAAGAGUCUUUCGUUGUGGAGACACAAGAUGGCGGUUCUAUCGAGAUUCCAGCCGCUCCAGAACAAAGCAUUUCAGGAUCCCUUCCUGGGUACCUAAUCAUCCAUGGCCAGUCUUCACUUUUGCCAGAGACUGUCUUUGAGGAUGUCAGCAAUACCUUGGCAUUCAUCGACCCAUACGUAGCAGUAGAAUUGUCCUUGAUCAACGGCACAGAUGGGGAGAUCGAGGGUCUGGAGAAUGUGACUUUCAGAGUUCCUGUUUCAGAGGAUUCUCAACUUUCUGAAGGGGAUGUCUUGCCUGCCUUCUAUUUUAAUGAAGACACUGGUCUGUGGAUGCAAAACGGAAACUGGAGGGUAUUAGGUGGUGAAAGCAAUUCUUCACUUUUCUUGGAACACACUUCUCCGAGACUGGACUCAUGGGUUCUGGCAGGAGCCAUUGAUGAAAGCACUACAGGUUCAACAGUGACAACGGGUGAAACAACCACUGUAGAAUCUACUACAGAUUCAACAGACACGACAAGUGUUACAACCACUUCAGAAACCACUCCAACAACUUCAGAGCCAACAACCACAGCAGAAAGCACUACAGGUUCAACAGUGACAACUGUUGAAACAACCACUGUAGAAUCUACUACAGAUUCAACAGACACGACAAGUGUUACAUCCACUUCAGAAACCACUCCAACAACUUCAGAGCCAACAACCACAGCAGAAAGCACUACAAGUUCAACAGUGACAACGGUUGAAACAACCACUGUAGAAUCUACUACAGAUUCAACAGACACGACCAGUGUUACAACCACUUCAGAAACCACUCCAACAACUUCAGAGCCAACAACCACAGCAGAAAGCACUACAGGUUCAACAGUGACAACGGUUGAAACAACCACUGUAGAAUCUACUACAGAUUCAACAGACACGACAAGUGUUACAACCACUUCAGAAACCACUCCAACAACUUCAGAGCCAACAACCACAGCAGAAAGCACUACAAGUUCAACAGUGACAACGGUUGAAACAACCACUGUAGAAUCUACUACAGAUUCAACAGACACGACCAGUGUUACAACCACUUCAGAAACCACUCCAACAACUUCAGAAACCACUCCAACAACUUCAGAGCCAACAACCACAGCAGAAAGCACUACAGGUUCAACAGUGACAACUGUUGAAACAACCACUGUAGAAUCUACUACAGAUUCAACAGACACGACAAGUGUUACAACCACUUCAGAAACCACUCCAACAACUUCAGAGCCAACAACCACAGCAGAAAGCACUACAAGUUCAACAGUGACAACGGUUGAAACAACCACUGUAGAAUCUACUACAGAUUCAACAGACACGACCAGUGUUACAACCACUUCAGAAACCACUCCAACAACUUCAGAAACCACUCCAACAACUUCAGAGCCAACAACCACAGCAGAAAGCACUACAGGUUCAACAGUGACAACUGUUGAAACAACCACUGUAGAAUCUACUACAGAUUCAACAGACACGACAAGUGUUACAACCACUUCAGAAACCACUCCAACAACUUCAGAGCCAACAACCACAGCAGAAAGCACUACAGGUUCAACAACCACUGUAAAAUCUACAAUAGCGCCACCAGAGACACCAGAAAUUGUUAUACCAUUGACAGUCUCUGCUUUUACUUCCAGUGGUUCCCCACUCUUGAACACUAACGUUCGUAUUUCCAGUCAAAAUGCAACCCUGGUUCUCUCCUCUGGUGAGGAUUCAAACAUGGUCCAGAUCAAUCAGUCAGUUCCUCGUGAUAGCAGGAUUGGGGUCAUUGCUACCAAACAAGGUUUUGCUUCUAAUGGUUUCUCAUGGCAGGAAGGCAGCCCAACUAAUCGCUCAUUACAACUUCAAGAAUGGACAAUCAUCAAUGACAUUCCUAUUUCCUUGAGUGGUGGGCAACUCCUUGUGUCAUUUGAAGCAGAAAAUGGAGCAACUGUUGAUUUCAUAACCGGUUUCAACCCACUGCCUGAUAGCAUUGGCUAUGCUACAAGUAAUGGACCAGCACCUUACCUUCCCGAGGGGCUGACGGAGGACGGAUACGGUGAUCUCAUGCCCAUCUCUCCUUUGGCAGCUAUGGACCUUGCCCUUCUACAUAAUGGAGCCAGAGAAGAAAUUGAUCUAGAAGAUGUCAUGUUUACCUUCCCCGUCUCCCCUGAUAGUGGUGCAAGUGAAGGGGAUAAUAUCACAGCAUACCUGUUUGAUGAAGCUACUGGUUUAUGGAGAGAGGAUGGUGUAGGAGAAGUCAUCCUGGAUGAUGACUCCAAUCUUGUCUGGAGGUACACCGCAGCAAUGCCAUCUUCUUGGCUGAUGGCAGCCACAACACCACCACCACCGCCUACAACCACUACGUCCACAACAACUGAGAUGCCAGGGAUUCAAGCAUCCCUGACGGUUGCCGUGGUCUCCUCUAAUGGCUACCCACUGGUCAAUACUUCUAUUCUCGUGUACAACGAGAACGAAACAACAUAUCUCAGUACCGGUACGGAAUCCAAUGUGGUGGAGAUUGACGAGACAGUCCUGGAAGAUCAAUGGUUUGGGGUCGUUGCAACUAAUCAGGGGUAUGCUACCAAUGGAUUCAUUUGGCAGAGUGGCGAUGCUACAAAUGUCACAUUACAACUUAAAGAAUGGACAAGUGAUGAGCAAAUUUCUGGAUCCUUGAGCAAUGGCCAAUUUGUGAUAUUCUUCGAAGCAGACAAUGGAGCUACUGCAAGAUUCAGCACUGGCUUCUUCCCUCUCCCACAUAGCAUUGGCUAUGCUACAAGCAAUGGACCAGCACCUUACCUUCCUGAGGGGGUGACGGAGGACGGAUACGGUGAUCUCAUGCCCAUCUAUCCUUUGGCAGCUAUGGACCUGGCCCUUCUACAGAGUGGAGCCAGAGAAGAAAUUGAUCUAGAAGAUGUAGUCUUUACCUUGCCCAUCUCCCCUGAUAGUGGCGUGAGUGCAGGAGACAAUGUAACUGCUUACCUUUUUGAUGAAAACACAGGUCUAUGGAUAGAAGAUGGCCAAGGAGAGGUGCUGGUAGAUGGUGACUCAAAUCUUGUCUGGAGUUAUACUGCGAGCAUGCCAUUGUCCUGGCUUUUAGCUGCAACAGUCGCACCACCACCAUUCACUACAACUAUGGCUACCACUACAGAGAAUGCUACAACUAUUGGAACAACAUCAACACCAAACAUGGCAUCAUCAUCUACAGAUGAUGGUACAACAUCUGAUGUGACAAUGGUACCAUCAUCUCCAGAUAAUGGCACAACAGCAGAAACAACCAUGUCCACAUCUCCAUCCUCAGACAAUGGUACUACAGGAGAACCAACCAUGGCAACGACUCCAUCCUCAGACAAUGGUACAACAGUAGAAUCAACCAUGGCCACGACUCCAUCCUCAAACAAUGGUACAACAUCAAGUGUGACCAUGGCAUCAACUACAGAUGAUGGUACAACAUCAACACCAACAACUUCAGCACCUGUUAAUGUCACUGGUACACCUCCACCACCUCCUCCACCUACUCCGCCGCCCCCUCCACCACCAACAGAUAAUGCUACAACUGUUGAGGCAACAUCAACACCGACCAUGGCCCCAUCUUCUACAGACGAUGGUACAACAUCAGAUGUAACUAUGGUACCAUCAUCUCCAGAUAAUGGUACAACAGCAGAAUCAACCAUGGCCACGACUCCAUCCUCAGACAACGGUACAACAGUAGAAUCAACCAUGGCCACUACUCCAUCCUCAGACAAUGGUACAACAGUAGAAUCAACCAUGGCCACGACUCCAUCCUCAAACAAUGGUACAACAUCAAAUGUGACCAUGGCAUCAACUACAGAUGAUGGUACAACAUCAACACCAACAAGUUCAGCACCUGUUAAUGUCACUGGUACACCUCCACCACCUCCUCCACCUACACCGCCGCCCCCUCCACCACCAACAGAUAAUGCUACAACUGUUGAGGCAACAUCAACACCGACCAUGGCCCCAUCUUCUACAGAUGAUGGUACAACAUCAGAUGUAACUAUGGUACCAUCAUCUCCAGAUAAUGGUACAACAGCAGAAUCAACCAUGGCCAAGACUCCAUCCUCAGACAAUGGUACAACAGAAGAACCAACCAUGGCAACGACUCCAUCCUCAGACAAUGGUACAACAGUAGAAUCAACCAUGGCCACUACUCCAUCCUCAGACAAUGGUACAACAGUAGAAUCAACCAUGGCCACGACUCCAUCCUCAAACAAUGGUACAACAUCAAGUGUGACCAUGGCAUCAACUACAGAUGAUGGUACAACAUCAACACCAACAACUUCAGCACCUGUUAAUGUCACUGGUACACCUCCACCACCUCCUCCACCUACACCGCCGCCCCCUCCACCACCAACAGAUAAUGCUACAACUGUUGAGACAACAUCAACACCGACCAUGGCCCCAUCUUCUACAGAUGAUGGUACAACAUCAGAUGUAACUAUGGUACCAUCAUCUCCAGAUAAUGGUACAACAGCAGAAUCAACCAUGGCCAUGACUCCAUCCUCAGACAAUGGUACAACAGUAGAAUCAACCAUGGCCACUACUCCAUCCUCAGACAAUGGUACAACAGUAGAAUCAACCAUGGCCACGACUCCAUCCUCAGACAAUGGUACAACAGUAGAAUCAACCAUGGCCACGACUCCAUCCUCAAACAAUGGUACAACAGUAGAAUCAACCAUGGCCACUACUCCAUCCUCAGACAAUGGAACAACAGUAGAAUCAACCAUGGCUACUACUCCAUCCACAGACAUCGGUACAACAGCAGAACCAACCAUGACCAUGUCUCCAUCCUCAGACAAUGGUACAACAUCUAAUGUGACCAUGGCAUCAUCAACUACAGAUGAUGGUACAACAUCAACACCAACAAGUUCAGCACCUCUUAAUGUCACUGGUACACCACCACCUCCUCCACCCACACCGCCGCCCCCUUCACCACCAACAGAUAAUGCUACAACGGUUGAGACAACAUCAACACCGGCCAUGGCAUCGUUAUCUACAGUCAAUGGUACAACAUCAACAGUGACGAUAACGCCACCAUCUACAGACGAUGUUACAACAUCAAAUAUGACCAUGACACCAUUGUCUACAGACGAUGGUACAACAUCAGCACCAACGAGUUCAGUACCAGUCAAUGUCACUGGUACACCUCCACCACCUCCUUCACCAACACCUCCACCCCCUUCACUACCAACAGAGAAUGCUACAACUAUUGGAACAACAUCAACACCAAACACGGCAUCAUCAUCUACAGAUGAUGGUACAACAUCUGAUGUGACAAUGGUACCAUCAUCUCCAGAUAAUGGCACAACAGCAGAAACAACCAUGUCCACAACUCCAUCCUCAGACAAUGGAACAACAGUAGAACCAACCAUGGCCACAACUCCAUCCUCAGACAAUGGUACAACAGUAGAAUCAACCAUGGCCACUACUCCAUCCUCAGACAACGGUACAACAGUAGAAUCAACCAUGGCCACUACUCCAUCCUCAGACAAUGGUACAACAGUAGAAUCAACCAUGGCCACGACUCCAUCCUCAGACAAUGGUACAACAUCAAGUGUGACCAUGGCAUCAACUACAGAUGAUGGUACAACAUCAACACCAACAAGUUCAGCACCUCUUAAUGUCACUGGUACACCACCACCUCCUCCACCCACACCGCCGCCCCCUUCACCACCAACAGAUAAUGCUACAACGGUUGAGACAACAUCAACACCGGCCAUGGCAUCGUUAUCUACAGUCAAUGGUACAACAUCAACAGUGACGAUAACACCACCAUCUACAGACGAUGUUACAACAUCAAAUGUGACCAUGACACCCUUGUCUACAGACGAUGGUACAACAUCAGCACCAACAAGUUCAGCACCUGUUAAUGUCACUGGUACACCUCCACCACCUCCUUCACCAACACCUCCACCCCCUUCACUACCAACAGAGAAUGCUACAACUAUUGGAACAACAUCAACACCAAACACGGCAUCAUCAUCUACAGAUGAUGGUACAACAUCUGAUGUGACAAUGGUACCAUCAUCUCCAGAUAAUGGCACAACAGCAGAAACAACCAUGUCCACAUCUCCAUCCUCAGACAAUGGUACUACAGCAGAACCAACCAUGGCCACGACUCCAUCCUCAGACAAUGGUACAACAGUAGAAUCAACCAUGGCCACGACUCCAUCCUCAGACAAUGAUACAACAUCAUCUCCUUCCAAUGGUACAUCACCAGUUGUUACGACCCUUCAGCCUGGCUUUGUCUUAGCCAAUCUUUCUGUAAUGGUGUUGGAUACAAAUGAUGCUCCAGUGGCCAAUUCUACAUUGCUCUUUAGAUUACUAGGUGGAAAUGUCACCACUGUCACCACUGAUGCAUCAGGUGUCGGGACAUUUGAAGCGAUUGUUCCAGAAGGUGGAAGGGUUGCAGUGGUAGCAAGUGGGUCUGGUUAUGCAAGUAAUGGACUGCAGUGGAGCCCUUCAGAUGACCAAAAUAUCACCCUUCGACUACUUCAGCUUGAACCAGUCACACCCGCCCAAAUUGGGGAAUUCUCUGUCUUUGAAGUAACUGAUAACAGCACAGGAGAGAACUAUGUUGCAAUCACCCGUAUCCAGAGCAGUCAACUCUCUGAGAACGUCACCGUUGGUGCUGCAUUGAUCGUCGGAGGGGGAUCCGAAGGGGUUCCGCACACGAUCAUUGUAGACGACAGUGGUGCCUUCCGGGAUGUCGAGAGACUAGUGGCUAUAGAGUUGACGGUGACCGAUGAAAAUGGGGAUGAUGUCCAAGGAAUGGAAGACAUCACUUUCACGCUUCCACUUGGAACCUUUGAUGAGCUAGGUGCAGGAGAGUCCCUUGAAGCAUUCUUUUACAAUGAAGAAACUGGUUUCUGGGAGGAGUCUGGCAGUGGUACCAUAAUCGUGGAUUCCCAGGGGAUGAGGCAGUGGGUCUUUGUUGCGCCCCAUAUCACCUGGUGGAUGGCUGGAAGACUGGUGGACCUACCUGUUACAAGUACCCUUGCUACAACCAUUCCCACCGGCUCGCCCUCUACUACCCCAGGCUAUCUUGGCACAAUCCUAACCCGGACUCAAUUCUAUGUAGUCAUCCUCCUAUGUGCUCUCCUCAUUCUUCUAAUGUGCAUGCUCAGUACCUGGCCUUGUUGUGUUUGCAAGAAGAAAGAAAAGAAGAGCAUCAAUUUUGAGCCUCAGGAGAUGCUUGAGCAUCGGGGCACCAGCGCGGAUGAAAACGAUUACCAGGAGUUUGUCUACACGAAUCGCGGCAUGGAGGAAGAUGAGGUGGACAGCAGCCCUUCGACAUCCAACCAGGACAUUGAACGUGGUGUCCCCGCUGAAGAGGAUGCGGGUGAAAUCCCGGCAAAGAUUGAAAUUGUGAGCGAGUAUAAGUACGAGACGGAACAGUCACCAGAUCCUCAAGACGGUCAGGAAUUCACCACUUUCAAAGGACCCGAGGAAACGGACGGUAGUGGUGAAAAGGACGCAGCAGAAGAAGAGACUUUGCUUGUUGAUGAUAAGGGAGUCAACACAGUUAAUGUAUCUUCUCCAGAGGAUAUUAGUCGACAACAACCUCAAGAAGGUCCUAAAAAAGUUCGUUUCAGCGAAAGUGAUGAAUGAUCGUUUAUCAUUUCAUAUUCUCUUAUACCUUUAAACCUGUAUAUGUUUAUGCCAAGAUAAUCAUUUCAUCUCAUUUUCUUAAACUCUUUUCUAUUUGUGGUAAUUUCAUGUAUAUAUCUAAAUCCUAAAUGAGACAUGGACAUGUUUGCCUUUUUCCACUUUUGAAAGUUGAAAUGCCUUUUUUUCAUGAGGGGGUCAUUUUAUCAUAUACCUAUUUCACUUCUCAUAAUCUCAGAUUGUAUUUAUGGUAACAAUCAGUUAUUGAGUGAACUGAACAAUCCAAACAGAGAGAUCAUUGAAAUCUAAUGACAAAUAACCACGUUCUUGACAUUUUGAAGUUUUUUUAUUUUUCAUUCCAGGUCUUCUGAUUUAGCUUUACCAAUAAUUCUCAAUCUAGAUAUUUUUAUGACAUUAGCAUUACUUUAAUAAUAUAUUUUUACUGCAAAAUCAAUGAUAUUUUUCCUAACCCUUCCCGGUUCUCCUAGGCAUUGGGUUGUUGCUGAUGUCUUGGAUGUGCAAUAUAUUUGAAACACACAUUUUUAGCAAAGCUAACAUGGGAAUCAUGGAAAGAUCACACAUAUAUCCUAGAGUUUAAAAGUUCAGAAUAAUGGUUGCUGGUAUCCUCUUAUAGUCUUUAAUGACCCCUUAGCCCAACUUUCAUCAA